CGGGGUUAUCCGCAUCCAUCUGCAUCCCCACCGAUCUCCGGAAGGGCGCAGAGCUUCCAGCAUAUCUAACACCCACCACGGCAGUUGACGCUCGACCUCUUUUCUUGACAACACGAGGCUGGUUGCGCAUUCGCUUCACAUCUCGACUCUAGACAGUUUGUGUUUUUAUGUCGUCUUCAUGAGCUGCUCUGAAGUGGAGCUGGACAACCGCGGCCCCGGGCUGGCUACUGCCGCCACGGCGAUAAGGGAAGCAAACGACCACAGCGGCGAUGGUGCUCAACCUCCAACACAAAACGAGUUCUCACUGCCCCCUGCCGACACGGGCAAAGAUGCGUGGCUCUUCCUUGCGGCCUGUUGGACUGUCGAGGCCCUGGUGUGGGGAUUCGGUUUCUCCUUUGGCGUCUUCCAGGAAUACUAUACGUCCCACUUACCUUUCCGGGGCGAUGGCAAUAUCGCCGUCAUCGGCACUACCACUCUGGGUGUCAUGUACAUCGUGACCCCCUUCGUCAUAGCCCUCAGCCGCCUCCGCCCGCGCUGGGCCCGCUAUUUCACCCUCGGGGGGCUGACCUUCGCCUCGCUCACCAUCGGGCUCAGCUCCCUCGCCACCACAACCGCGCAACUCAUCGCAACGCAGGGCGUCCUCUUCGGCCUGGGCGGCUGCUUCGCCUACUGCCCGAGCAUCAUCUACACGGACGAGUGGUUCGCACGGCGUAAGGGCAUGGCCUACGGCAUCAUGUGGAGCGCCGCCGGGUUCGGGGGUGCGGUGCUGCCGCUGGUGCUGGAGGCGCUCCUGACGGCGUACGGCUUCCGAACGGCGCUGCGCGUCUGGGCCGUGGUGCUAUUCCUGUUCGCCCCGCCGCUGUCGUACUUUGUCCGCCCCCGGCCGUCCCUGUCGGCCGCCGCGGCGACCAGCGGGCGCCUCUCGGCCUUCAAGAACGUGAGCCGCGCCCUGUCGAGGCGGCGGCAGCGGCGACGGCUGCUGCUGUACCAGCUCGCCAACGUCGUCCAGGCGACGGGGUACUUCCUCCCAGGCGUCUACCUCCCGUCCUACGCACGCGCCACUUUCGGCGUGUCCACGACGCGGGCCGCCCUGACCGUGCUGCUCUCCAACAUCGCCGCAAUCCUGAGUUCGGUGACCCUGGGCACCAUGACGGACAGGAUGCCGGUCACGACAUGUCUUGUCCUGUCGGCGGCCGGGGCCAGCGCGGCGGCGCUGAUGCUGUGGGGGUUGACGUCGACCCUUGCCGGGACGUACGCCUUCUCCGUUGCGUACGGGCUGUUUGCCGGCGGCUACACGUCCAUCUGGCCGGGAAUCAUGCGGGAGACGGCGAAUCCAAGGGACCCGGAGGAGGACGAGCACGCGCACCACGCAUACCUCGACCCCUCCCUCGUGUUUGCAUGGCUGUGUGCGGGCAGGGGACUUGGCAAUGUCGUGUCGGGACCUCUGAGCGACCUGCUCCUCCGCGGCCGUCCGUGGUUGGGCCGGGCGCCAGGAGGCUAUGGAAGCGGUUUCGGAAGCUUGAUUGUGUACACUGGAGUCUCGGCCUUUGUGGGUGGAAGUGCUUUCUUUUGGAGGCGCCUUGGAAUCCUCUAGAAGAAGUUUCAGUGUUAAUUUUUUUUUUUUCUUCCCUUUGCGGUCUUUGAGAUACCCGCUGGAAGAAUUCGGCUUGAAGUUUCUGACGAAAUUAAGAGGUAAAGUAGACGGAAGGUGGGGAGAAAAGGCAAAAGUGAUAAGAUAAGAGAGACAGGAAAGAAGGAAGGAAAGAAGGAAGAAAAAAGUACGGACGUACAUUGUAGUUUCAGCGGACCUAACAGGCACCUGGAUAGGGGCUGAUGAUAAUCUGAUCAUCAUAGAAUGGAGUUCCUCGGUCGAUCUUAGAGAAAUUCCUAGUACGAUGUCACAGCACCUGCAAUCAAACCCCAUCAGUUGAGCGUCAGAGACCGGGACCAACACUGAGUCGCAGCUUCCCCUGCCCGAGUUCGC